AUGGGUAAACAACAGGAUGAGACAAAAAUAAUCGUAGGCAGAAACACCAUUCCCCAGCUUUGGUUCAAGUUUUGUCGCGCCGCCUCCCUCAUCUCCGCCUCGGACGCCUACCGGCUGUCUGCCGCCGCCACCAGCACCAGUGCUCCCACGGCCCCCGACCCCCAACACCCGCGAGCUCGUCCAGGCGCUCAACAAGCUGGUACCACAGAUAGCCUCUUGUGCGCCGUUGGUGGCGUCCUCCGUGGGAGGCACCGAGUUUCAUUCGGCGGCCUAAUCGCGUGUCAGCUUGGUUGCACUCCCCGACUUGCCAGAAAGCGCGCGGUCGAAGCCAUUGCUAGCACUGCUGGCGCCACCAUGGGCCUGCCUCCUUCCAAGAAGCGUCAGACUGCUGCUGCUGCCGCUGCCGCCGCCGCCACUGCUGCCAACGAGGCUGACAUGAAGGCGCACGAUAAGGAGGAGGAGAUGGAAAAGGAGGUCGAGACUGGCCGUUACGCAAGUGGCAGGAGGGCUUAUUUCUCCCCCUAA